UAAAAUUAGAAGGAGGUGUGACAAGUAACACAUUUUCAACUUCCAAGUCUUCAACCAAAAAUGCCUCCUAAAUUUAAAAGGGGACAGAGAGGCGGGCAGGACAGGGUACAACUAUUGGGGCUGGACUCCUCUGACGAAGAGGAAGAAGAAAUUUUUGUUAACAGCUCUCCUCAUGUGCCUCACUCAAGUAGAACGCACUCACAAUAUGCUCAAGAUCCUAAAAUACGGCAGGUACAGAAUCAGGUCACUGGUGUAAUAAGUACAAUGAAGGACAAUAUAACCAAAGUCCUGGAGAGAGGAGACAAACUUGAAGACUUGGAAGAGAAAUCAGGAGAGCUGGCUGAGAGUGCGUCACAAUUCAGAGUGAGUUCAAGACGCUUGGAAAGAAAGAUGUGGUGGAAGAACUGCAAGUUAAAACUUAUUCUUGGAGGAAUCGUCGGAAUCAUUUUAUUAAUAAUAAUAGUCAUUGUUGUUGUCAAGACACAAAAUAAGUGAAAAAAUACGAUCUAAUCUCGACUGGAAUAUGAUCACACCCCGUUUUUAAUAACUAUUAUUUAACUAUUACCGAGCAGAAUUAUUACUAUUAUAAAUGAUUUACAUUGAUUUAAAUCAUAAUAUUAAAUCUUUAUAAUCAA